AUGAGUUCUGCUUUCUUUCGACGACCUACCGAAGGAAGUUCCAGCUCCAGCUCAGACGGCGAUAGCUCAGGGGAAGACGAUGUCCCACCACAUCAACUUCAUGAAAGUGUCGAAGAAGGCCAGACCAUUAUCACCGAAUCACUUUCCAGCCAUGGCACUGUCUCAUUCGGAGACGAGAUGGAUGCCCCAGCAACUUCCUUCCCCAACAUUGACCAGCACCGGACCAACCUGCUCAGCGCUCUUCUCGAGGACUUUGCCAGAAAUCGAGCAUGUGAGAUCAUGAACAAUGCAAGGCCAGGGUCCAGGUUCACGAAAUUGUCAGCGGAAGUCCAACCGUUGGCGGACAAGCUCUACGAGCAACUUAGUCAAUCAUUAUCUCUGACUGGCGUUCUCUCGGCCGGUACCGACAGAGACAACGAGCAAACGAGAGCAGCAUACUUGGCCGGCCUCGAGAGUCUUGCACUCGGAGGCGUCCAGACUCACGAUCUCCUGCAUGGGCCAGCUCGCAGUCAACUUCCGCCACUUGAAAAUCAACUGGCCAUAAAAAACGUCGAUAAUCAACCGCAUUCACUCGUUCCCACCUUGCUCGCAGCAUCCAUGACAAACCUCGCUCUUCACGGUCCGUCUCGUUUGUCGCCGUAUAGUGACCUCGUCUUGUCGACGCCCACAACUCGUCGCAGUCACUACGAGUCCAGCUUUCAGCAACUGAGACUGCUCGGAAAAGGAGGCUUUGGCAGAGUAUAUCAUGCUUACAACCUAUUUGACAAGAAGGAAUACGCAAUCAAGAAGAUUCCCCUAAGCCCUCGGUUAUCGCAGCGAUAUCGAGAAUCGGGGCACAAGGAGCUGGAAAACAUACUACGAGAGGUCCAGGCCUUGGCGCAGCUGGAGCAUAACAAUGUUGUCCGUUAUCAUGCGACGUGGAUAGAGGAGCCUAGAGGUGCAUCUACCACAAUACCUCAGCUUAGGAAGCAAAACAUCACAGUUCAGGGCAGGAGACUCAUUACCGAUCGCCCAGCACAUUCCCGACCGGCGGAUCGAAAUACCCCGGCCAACUGGCAAGUCUCAGAUCAUGGUGACGGUAUCGUCUUCGGCUUUGACAGUCGACCCACCACUCCUGCUCAAGACCUAGAGAGUGCGGUCCAUCCGACCCGAUCCAUCAGUGAGACAGAUCACGACCAAUCUUCCGCACGAGCUUCUGAGAUCUUCACAGAUGGCAAUGCAAGGGCCAGCAUUAUGCACGAUCCGGCCAUGGAUGAUUCGGUGUAUGUGCUACAUGUGCAGAUGUCAGUAUAUCCCAUGACCCUGGCGCAGUAUUUGGCACCAGCACCGCCCAAUGCCAGAAGCGCACCCAGCAACCCCAUUCGCAGACACUGUUUCCACCUCAUCCCAGCUCUACGGCUGCUGAUGGGCAUUCUGUGUGGCUUGCAGUACAUCCAUGCAAAGGGACUUGUGCACCGUGACAUCAAACCAUCCAAUAUUUUCAUCUCAAGCCUGAGCUUCCCUGCGGUAGGAUUGAUUUCAGACGGUUAUUACGACGUGGGAUCCUGUAUCGGUUGCGCGAAUCCUACCCCAUAUUACAUUAACCCCCGAAUUGGUGAUUUCGGACUUGUUGCACAGCUGGCCAAGGAAGAUGACCUCGAGACAAGCAACCAUGGCCAAAAAGCCGGCAAGAUGGUGGGGACAGAAUACUAUCGACCUCCGCCAUGGAUUGACUCCAAAGGCAAGACAAAAUCUAACGCACAAAUGGACGAGAAAGUGGAUGUGUUUGCGCUUGGUGUUAUUUUCGUGGAACUACUCUGGCCCUGCCUGACCAGUACGGAGCGCAUGCAUGUUUUGCGAGACCUACAGAAGGGCAGGACUCCAACUGGCCUUGCCGAGAAAAUCGACAAUGAAGGGCACGAAUCUGGCACAGGCGAAAUGGUUGUUCGAUGCAUAUCCGGAAUGCUCGAACGAGACCCGCGGCGCCGAUGGAGAUGUGAGGAGAUCAAGCAAUGGCUGGACAAGCUACUGACCAGAUUCCCGACCUUGGUUGAUCAUGGUAGUAAUGGAGGUAUCAGCGGGACUGAAGGCGUCGACAUGAGAAAAGUCCACAGUUUCAGCGAAGCGAAUGGAGAGGCAGGGGGCUAG